GUUGGACGCGAUUGUGACGCAGGCGUGACGCGGGCGUAACCGCUCCCGAGGCGCUCGCGCUGCCCCUGCCGCGCUCUGAGGCAGUCGUAGCUCGGCCCGUAUCACCAGGCCCGGGCCACCCCCAGGCUUCUGCCGCCCGCUGCCCGCCAUGGACGACUACUCGGUCCUGUCGGACACCGAGCUGGCUGCCGUGCUGCGCCAGUACAACAUCCCGCACGGGCCCGUCGUGGGUUCUACUCGCAAGCUCUACGAAAAGAAAAUCUUCGAGUAUGAGACUCAGAGGCGGAGGCUCUCGCCCCCGAGCUCGUCCGCAUCCUGUCUCUCCUAUCGGUUCUCGGACUUAGAUUCAGCGUCCGUGGACUCGGAUAUGUACGAUCUGCCCAAGAAAGAGGACGCCUUACUUUACCAGAGCAAGGGUGGGGACACCGUUGCUCGCUCUGCUACCGCUGCCCCCCCUCCCCAAGGCUGUAACGAUGACUACUACGAGGAGAGUUACUUGACCACCAGGACUUACGGGGAGCCCGAGUCUGUGGGCACAUCCAGGGCCUUCCGCCAGCCCUCGGCUUCACUCUCAGAUGCUGACACCUUUCACCACCAGGUUUGCGAUGACAAUCUUUUCUCUUCUGAAGAGGAGGGCAAGGACAGGCCUUCCUGGCCUAUCUGCUCCCCUCUUUGCCUCAGGGAACGCCCCGUGUAUGGCCGGGACAGUGCCUACCAGAGCAUCGCACACUACCGCCCUGUUUCCAACGUCUCCAGAAGCUCCCUGGGCCUGUCCUAUUACCCCACCUCCUCCUCCACCUCUGCCGUGUCCUCAUCUUCAUCUCCUCCUCCUUCGUGGCUCGCCCGCCGUGCCAUCCGGCCAGAAAAGCAGGCCCCUGGGGCUGGUCUGGGCCAGGAUCGCCAGGUCCCACUCUGGGCCCAGAUGCUCCUGUUCCUGGUCUUUGCUGCCUUCCUGCUUUUUGUUUACUACUCCAUGCAGGCCGAGGAUAGCAACCCCUUCCGGGCGGAGCCCUGAGGGUCUGGCUUUGUGUCUUGGGGCCAGCUGCUCUUGGAAGUCCUGGCUGACUGCCUUAGCAGCGUUUUCUGGGGGAGGAGGGGGGUUGGGGCUUUUCUGUGUGUUCUUGCUUGGGGGUACUGGAACAGGGGCAAUGUUUGCUUCCCCUGCCUUGUCCUGCCAGGGAGGCAGCAGGCCUGGGCCCUCUGCAGCAUGGUGGGCCUGGGCAGGUGUUCCUCUGGAGCCUCCUGGCCCUACUUGCCUCUGACCCUUAGGGCCUAGGAGGGCAAGACCCUUCUCCUGGAGAGGAGAACGUGGUUGUCGUCAUUGCAUGCCUCCUGUUCAUUGCCACCUCAGUGGGGGGAAUUAACCAAAGGCCGCCCUUUGUUUUCGUGGACAAUAAAAAGACCGUUUAUUUUUAA